AUGCUAGAAACGGAGACCAGGCACUAUGCCAAUGCCUCCGCCCAGCAGUUUUUGUCUGUGGCGGAGGCAUGGGGAGUUCAACCAAAAAUCACCACAGUGGGCAACGACAGCGCCCGAAACAUGAUCGCUGCAGCGAGAAAGCUUCCAUAUGAGCACAUGCCUUAUACAGACUCAGAUGAUGACAUGGUGGAACCAAGCAAGGCUCUGAACCACUACAAAGCAGAGCCCACCAUUAGCAUGGAGGAAUGCCCGCUGCAGUGGUGGAAAACUCAUGCAGGAGCCCAUCAACAGCUCUCUGUCCUGGCUCGCAAAUAUCUGGCUGCCCCUGCAAAAGGAGCUGACAGAAUCCCAACCGGUGAAGACAUGGAGACCAAUUAG